CUUGGAGACGGGCGGGGUCGUCGACCUCGACACUCUGGAGGCGAAGAUGGCGAGCAUCGAGGUGUCGCUGGCGGGGUGCGGGCGGCGCGGGGGCGCGCGCGAAUUGGACGCCCUGCGCGCCGCGCUACUGGAUAAGGAUACACUUAUACAGAACCUUAAGAAGCAGCUAAGCGCGUCGCUCAGCGCAGCGCGGCUAGCGGCACAGGCGGCGUCGCCGGCGGGUCCGCGGGGCGCACGGGCGUCGCGGGGUGGACGCGAAGAGCCCGCUGCGUUGUCAGCAGAGGAGCGGCGCGCACUGGAGGACCGAGCCGCAGCGCUCAACGCUGACCUGCAGACGCGUCGUGACAACAUUCAAGAGCUCAGGAAACGGCUCGAGCACACACAUGUCACCGAGAGUAUCGACUCGCGCAUCGAGCAGGCGGAGCUGCAGUACCGGUUGGGGCGCGAGGAGCUGGAGCUGCUGUCGCUAGGCGAGCAGGCGCGCGCGCUUGCACUCCUCAUCGAGCACGCCAGCGCCGCCGCACGGCACGACAACACACUAUACAGUGUGGUGGAGGAGUGCGGCGGUCGGGCGCUGUUGGUGUGUGCGGAGGAGGGCACUGGGAGCGCGAGGUGGGGUGCAGAGGCGCGCGGGGCAGGGCUGGCCGUGCGCUGGGCCGAGGAGCACUCGCCGCUCAGACCGGGAGACAGGUUAAUAGAAGUUAACGGCACGUCGAUGGUGAGCUGCAGCAGUGAGGAGGAGCUGCAGCGCGCGCUGUCCGCCGCCCGCCCCGCGCGCCUCCUGCUGCUGCGCGACCAGCGCCCUGCGCACCCCCUACACUCCCCACACGGUCCACCGCCGUCCAACACAUUCACACAUAGCGAAGCGGCGGCACUGCGGUCGGAGUUGGGCGCGCUACGGACGGCGGCAGAGCAGGCGGAGCGCGCCAAGGAGGGUCUGCGAGCCGAUAACACGCGCCUCACGCACCGAAUCUCCUAUCUCGAGGAUCAGGUAGCCGAGCUGCUCUCCAGGCACGCGCAGUUGCACCCGGUGAGCAGUAGCGAAAGCUGCAUCACAGUCAACAAGACGAAGAAAAACGUGACGAACAUCAACAUAACGACGGAGCCACAGCAGCCGAGCAGGCCGAGCCCAAAGUCCGAGGUGCAGGUGUUCCAGAAGGGUCCCGACAUCACGGCCAUCGUGGCCAAGCUACCCGGUCUGGACGCCUCCGAGGUCGACCUCCCCGUACUGCGGCCGCGUUCCAACGCCUCGGGCGCCUCUUCGCGUGCCGCCGUCUCGCCGCGCGCCUCGCCCGCGCCGCAGCGUCGCGCACAUAGCUCGCACGGACCAGAGUCUCGCACGGGCCGCGUCCGACACUCCAUCUCGCACCAUUGCAUACACGCCGCCGUCGACUACGGCGCAGAGACCGACGCAGCCAUUCGCAUGAUCGAACGAAACCAAAGACACAUGGAGAAGCAGCGAAUGAAAAACGAAAGAUUCAAUAAAUCGCAGACCGAGGACCGUUUCAGAUCCGACAGCGACUUAGACGGCAAAGACUCGCAUUCGACCGGUCGCUCCUGCGAACCGAAACAUUACGAGAUCAAAAAGGCUGCCGACAGAAUAGAAGAAAGCAUAAAGAAGACUAACUGGGCGGAGAGAAAAACUCUAUCCAUCAUAGAACAGCUGAAAAAAUCGCAGCGGCUGCGCAAAAUGAAAAAGAACGACAGCUCCGAAGAUAUUCAGCUCGAGUCGGACAGGCAUUAUACGUACCACCGGAUCGACGGCAAGGUACUCGAGAACGCGCACAAGUCUAGUCGUAGGUCAUCGAAAGUACACUGCCGAAGCGCAAAAUCCUCGGAGUUCGAGUCGGAGUGCUCCGAUUUUCCGAACGGGGAUAUGUACAGCAGCUCGCCGAGACUGGACUAUGGAUCGGAGAGCUGCUCGACGCGGACGAGCCACAACAAGCGGGGAGAGGAGAGGCGCGAGGACGGCAGGUCGCGGCCGACGCCGCCGCGCAAGCCGCUGCGCCUCUCGCUGCACAAGGCACGCAGCGCGCACUCCAUUCUCAACGGUAGCGAGUCCGAGACUCCGAGCAGGCCACCCUCGGAGACGCGCACCGGCGACGGCGGGCCGGACUCGCCACACAAGCGGCCCGUGAAGCGAACGUACGCGGCGGACCGGUGGGCUCGCGAGAAGAUCCGGGACCCGUCGCGCGCCACGCCGCGCCCGCAGCGCAAGCUUCUUCACGGGUUAAGCGCAUGCGAGGCGCCAGCCGCCGACGACCUGUACCCGCAGUCCAUGCACGCACCCGGCUCCGCGCCGCCACGACAUAACGGCCUCGCGCACGCGGGCAAGUGGUGCUAGCGCCUCGCUCCACAUAGAUUUCGUAACAAUGGACCAUAGAAAUUGAAUCACAUUAUCUUUUUAUAUUUGUCAGUUGUAAUAAAUUCAAUUAAAACGAUAAACUCUCAAGGAAUUUAUGUCUGCCUAUGUGAAAUAGGAACAAAAGUUGAGUACAUCUCAUUCUCGAUGUCAUUGGGACUCUUCUGAUGUGUUAUCGUUGCAAAAGGUGUACAAAAUCUUGCCCCAAAUAUUUAAAAUGUAUUAUAUAAGUUAGCUACCUCCGGUUUAAAUAAUUGUGACUGUAAGGACACGGAAGGAUUCCUCGAUUGUCGAUACUCAUUGCCAGUAAUAAACAUUCCAUCACUUGUUAAAAUAUUAAGAGAAUUUCUGUACAUAUCUUUAUUAAUGAUAAGGCCCACCGUUAAAUACUCACCUGUAUGUAAACUUUAUUUAUAUUAAGAAAUUAAA